GGAGCUAUUAACUCCCUCCCUCCGCACUUCCACGAUCGAUCGAGCAAUCCCAAAACAGCACCGACGCCAUUGAUAUCCUUCUCGCAGAUCGAUGGAUCUGAGUAGUUGAUUCCUCACUCAUUCGUUCGUGUCGUGACUGACGGCAUUUUCCGUUUGUUCCUGGAGAUAAUACAUCUGAACGGCACCCACAUCUGCACCUGCGGUUUCAGCUGAGAACAUGCUAAGCUCUCCAGCUCCACUCUGCCUUCCACCUUUCAGCUGCUGAGUCCCCCAGCAGGAGCCUCUGUGCUCAAUGCAACACGGGUACAGCCGCCUCGGCGCCGUCCGGUCCAACGGGGGGUCGCCUCCGCCCUCCCCGCGAUUCCGGCAAGGCCGGAACAAGAGCCUCAGUGUCGGCGGGAGCGGGAGAGGUGCGAGGCAGAAUUUGGUGGAGAAGCUGGUGGUUCUUGUUAUAUCCACUGUGUUCAGGAGGAGAGGGGUGCUCCUGUUCGCGCCGCUGCUGUACUUUUCCGGGAUGCUUCUGUAUAUGGGGUCGUUAGGUUUUGACGUUAGUUUUAAGAGAAUCGGCCACGGUGGCGGUGGGCCGAAGCCUCCCGGUUCCGUGUACAGGAGUCCUCAGGUGUUUGAGAGUCUACGGCCUUUCAUGGAAGCUGAUAGCAACGAGACCCAUAACGCGCUGAUGAGGGCAUGGAAACCGAACAUACGGCAAGUUUGGAAGCCUUGUAUCAGCCCGACAAUUUCCCAAGCAGGAUCCCGGGAGUUGCCAGAAUCUAACGGUUUCCUCAUAAUUGAAGCAAAUGGUGGAUUGAAUCAGCAACGCUUAUCGAUAUGUGAUGCAGUCGCAGUUGCUGGACUCUUGAAUGCUACCCUUGUGAUUCCAAUAUUUCAUUUGAACAGUGUUUGGCAAGAUUCUAGCAAAUUUUCAGACAUUUUUGACGAAGAUUUCUUCAUAGAUGCACUCAAGAACAAUGUAAAAGUAGUGAGACAGCUCCCAGAGGAUGUACUUCAGCGAUACAAUUACAAUAUAAGCAGCAUAGUGAAUCUCAGAGUAAAAGGUUGGUCAACUCCGGCUCAUUAUCUUCAAAAGGUUCUCCCAAAGAUGAAAAAACUGGGAGCUGUACGAAUUGCACCCUUCUCCAACAGAUUGACUCAAGCAGCUCCUUCGUAUAUUCAAGGGCUAAGAUGCUUUGCAAACUUUGAAGUGCUGAGGUUUGCCGAACCUAUCAGACUACUUGCAGAGCAGAUGGUUCAGAGGAUGAUCAAGAGAAGCUUCGCUGCUGGUGGAAGAUACGUGUCAGUGCAUCUUCGCUUUGAGAAGGAUAUGGUUGCAUUUUCAUGCUGCGAAUAUGAUGGAGGAGAGGAAGAGAAAUGGGAAAUGGAUGCUGCCCGAGAAAAGGGUUGGAGAGGAAAAUUUAGGAGAAAAGGUAGAGUUAUAAAACCAGGAGCUAAUCGUAUGGAUGGGAAAUGUCCACUCACUCCACUGGAGGUUGGAAUGAUGUUAAGCGGCAUGGGUUUCGAUAACACAACUUCAGUUUAUGUAGCUGCUGGGAAAAUUUACAAAGCAGAAAAAUAUAUGGCCCCUCUUAAGCUGAUGUUUCCUCACCUUGAGACGAAGGACACUAUUGCUACUCCGGAAGAACUUGCUCCAUUCAAGGGCCACUCGUCUAGGUUGGCGGCUCUCGAUUAUACCGUUUGUCUUCACAGCGAGGUUUUUGUCACAACCCAAGGGGGCAAUUUUCCUCACUUCUUGAUUGGACACAGGCGGUAUUUAUAUGGAGGACAUGCUAAGACCAUCAAACCUGAUAAGAGGAAGAUGGCACUGUUAUUUGAUAGCCCCAGAAUCAGAUGGGAACACUUCAAGCGACAGAUGAAAGAUAUGCUCCGCCACAGCGACGGCAAGGGAAUCGAGCUAAAAAAGCCGAGCAGUUCCCUCUACAUGUUUCCGGUGCCUGAUUGUAUGUGUAAGGAAGAAGGAAGAGAAUUAGAGUACAGUAACACAACAACACUCGUUUGAAACUUUACUGUUCUGAGUCCCCUCAGGGAAGCUUACUUCAGCUGUAUCUUAUAUAUAGUGCGAUAUUCCAUUGAUUUGUAAAUUCGAUUCUUUCACUCGAGAUAAGAGGGUGCGAGGCUUUGAUUCUUCCUUUCGCUCUUUGUAAUUGUUAGUUCGGGAUGAUGCGAAGUCAAUGAUAUACUUGACAUUAUCUUGUGGCUGAA